GACGGUCACCAAAAACUGCUGGAGAUAAGAAGAUUGAUGAUUCUAUUUCUCCUCAACCAGCUAAAAGAAGUGGGACUAAUUCCUCUAAUGCCUUGAAAGAAAGAACUAAUUUACUGAAGAAGAAGCUUGAAGAAGACAGAGCCAAGUUUAAAAGUAAGAGGGAACAAGAUGAUUUGUGUCAGGUUAGCCAGAUUCGUUGAACAUAUCAAGGUGCAGCUGGAAGAUCAGGACAAGACCAUCCAACAGAUGCACAGCAACUUUGCUGCUUCCACGAGAGUCCCACCUCCUGAGCAAGAGGUGACGCCUGCAGAGCUUGAUAUCCCACCGGAAGUGAAGCAGAAGAUAGCAGACCAGGAACUGAAGAUAGCAGAUCUUGAAAUGAAGAUACUAGACCUUCAGGAAAAUCUUCGGGAAAAAGACAGCGUAAUAUCGGCGAGGACCCAGGCGAUCACGUUGCUGUCGGAGGAUAUGGCGCGCAAGGGCAAGAACACUCUGGACACACUAGAGGAGACCCGGACGCAGAUGAAGACCAUGCAAGCCAACUUUGUGGCACUGGAAGUUAGGAUGAAUGAGGAGAGGUCUCGCCUGAGAGAGGAAUUGGACGCCAAGAAAGUCAAAUUGCAACAGCUUGAGAAGAAUUACCGUGCUGCAGAAUCGGCAAGGUUCGAUCUCUCAACAAGAGUUGCUGAACUACAAGAGAAAGUGGUUUCGCUGCAAACCAAAAACAUAGCUUUAGAAGAAGAGGUUGCUGAAUUCAGUAGUAAAUCGAAGGAGUUAAAUGAAGCUUUGGAAAAUAGUAAUAAACAAAUGAUAAAAAUGAAAGCUCAAUUUAAAGCAAAAUUGAGAGCAGUUGAAGAAGAAAGAGAUAUGCUUAGGAAGGAAGAAAGAACGAACGAAGAAUUGAACCGAUUGCGUGAGCGUAUCGCUGACUUGGAGGAUGAGAAAGGUAACCUUCAGUUGCAUCUCGUAGACUUUGAUGAAAUCCAAGAGGCUGGACAUAUAUUAAAAGAGAGAAUAACAGAGAUGGAGGAAAAACUGCAUAGGCAAGAGUGUGAUCUGGACAAUCAUAUAAAGGCUAUAACAUUGCUGGAAGCAGAGAAACUAGAUUUAAUUGAAGUUGGAAAUAAAAACAAAAUUCUUCUGGAUGAAAAAGAAAAUUUGAUAAAAUUACUUCAGUCACAAAUAACGCAAAUUGAAGAAAGUAAGAUAACAGCAGAAAUGAAAUGCCUUGAAUUAGAAGAAAAAUUGGAUAGCUAUAUGAAAACAGAGAGUAAUGUUACAGUCUUAAAUUCUGAAUUGGAAAAAGCAAAGCAAGCACUUCUUGAUUACCAAGCUACAAUUAAUGAGCUAAAUAUGAAACUACAAAGUAAAGAAAACAUGUUGGGUGGCAGUGGAGAUGAACUAUGCGAAUUUGAAGGAAUAGGAAUGAAUGAAACAAAGAAUUUGCAGGAAGUGUCAUCUAGCUUGAGAGAAUGGCAGGAACGAUACUCUCUUUUGGAAGGUAAAUUAAACACAACAUUAGCUUACUGUGAAGAGCUAGAAAACAAGAAAAAAGUUGUUGACAUUGAAAAUGAGAGAUUAUUAAAUGAAUGUGAAAACUUAAAGGUGGCGAAUGACAUUCUACAAAAACAAAUUGGCACAUCAGACGUUGAUACCGAAUUACUUAAACAAACUCUAGCACAAAAGGAAGUCGAUAUUUCCAAUGUCACUGAGCACAAUAGGACAUUGGAGUCUGAAGUAGAUAAUCUAAGACACGCUCUUCAGUCAACGACAGAAGAAUUGCAUAUUUUAUCACAACAAUUGGAAGAACUGACACGUACUCGACAGAGAGUUGAAGAGUUGAGUGUUACUUUGGACGGUAAAGAUAAAGAAUUAGAACAAGCAACGAGCGAAUUGGAAGUUCGAACUCGAAAAUUAUCUGAAUACAAAAAAUUCCAUAGACUCAAAAGUGAAGACGUAAUAAGAAUAUCACAAGAAUUGGAGAAUGUAACUACUUCAUCUCAACAGAAAGUCGCUGAAUUAGAAACUGCGUUAAACGUAGCUCGAAAAAAUGAAGAAGAUUUAAGGAUAGAAAUUCAGAAUAUCAAAGAACAUGGUAUCAAAGGAUCAGACUCAGAUGACAAAAAAAUGCAGGAGCAAUCACUCAAAAUGAAAAAGUUAGCUGCCAGUGUAAAGCUCAAAACAAAACUAGUGAAAGAUCUUGAAGCCAAAAUAGGAGAGUUAGAAAAUACUUUUCAACAAAAAGAUACUAUUAUUAACAACUUGGAAAGUGAAAAAUUGAAUCUUCAGAAACAAUUGGCUGAAAACUCACAAUAUGGAGUCGCACUUCCUGCAGAUUCAAUCAAUUUAGAAGAAAAAUGUAAAAAUUUAGAAAUUGAAAAUAGUUCCUUGAAAGAAAACUUAAAAUCAACAACAGAUGAGUUGGAGUGUUUGACUAAUACCUCUGGUGGAAGGCACGAGACUCUUCUUCAAAUAAAAGAAUUGGAAAACCAAAAUAAGAAACUUAGUGAUGUAUCAGAGACAAAAUCUGACCAGUUAAGAAAAAUGGAAGACGACAUGAGGGAACUUAAUGUAUUAAAUAAAUCUCUAUUAUCUGAGUUGGAACAAAUGCAAGAAACUUACAAGCAGGAUACUCUUAAAAAUGAAUCAGUUUUGAGCGGUUUUGAACAUGAAAUGUUGGGAAAUAAAAAGGAUAUUUUAGAAUUAGGAAAUCAGUUGAUGGAAGUUACCAGUAAGUAUGAACAGACUUGGGCAAAACUGCAAGAAAAAGAAGUUUACAUUGAAGAUUUAGAACAACAGUUAGAAAAGGCAAAGUCAAGAUUGCUUCAGAUUGAAAACACUGUUGAAGAACGGAGGCGGUCCUUGGAAGAAAAAGCAGAAGUGUUGGGGGCACGCUUGUGUCAAGUAGAAAGAAACAACGAACAGUUGGAAAAGCAUGAGGAUGAACUCGAACAGAAGAUUUCUCACUUGCUUAAUACUGAAGAAAUGUUAGGUAAUAUUAUACAAAAACUUCAAGAAGAAAACUCUGAAAUUUCAAAGUUAUUCAAUGAGUCCACUGAAAGUAAUACACAGCUAUCAAAGGAACUUGAUAGUGAACAAAACAAAGUACAGGUUUUGAGAAGGGAAAUUCAAGAACUGCAAUUGAGUUUAGUAAAUUAUGAAAAGAUAGGUGAGGAUUUCGAAACUUUGAAAAUACAGCUGAAAGAAACUCAAGAAUCACACGAUAACAAAAUAAAAUACAUGGAAAAUCGUUUAAAGGAAUCAGAUCAAAGCAUGGAGAGUGAAGUUCGAAGGUUACUGGAUAGAAUUUCUGUCAUAGAAGGAGAAAGACAAGAGACUGUCGAAAAAUAUAAUUCAUUACUUGUUGAAAAACAAAUCCUAGAGGAAGAAAUAGCUAAUUUACACCAAACUAUCAGUGAUGUGACUAAGGAGGAGUUGGAACAAUUAAAAAUAAAUCAAAAGAGUUUAGCUGAACAACUAAAUAUAGAGUUAGAAAAAAGGCAAUCACAUAUUCAAAGGAUUCAAGAGUUAGAGACACAACUGCUAUUAUUAACAAGGAACUCAACAGAGUCUCCUACAAUUUCAAACAAUGAAGAACUUGUACAGUUAAAGGCACAACUUGACAGGGAAAUAAAAGAAAAAGAGGCACUUCAUUAUGAACUUCUGAGAGAAAAAGCAACUAACCAUGUAGACAGUGUUAUAACUAAAGCAGAAGAAACAUAUUUUACAAUGACUAGUCCAUCGGGAAAUGAACCUGAAAGUAAAGCAUCAUUUUUCUUUGAACUUGAUUCAAAUGCUGCAGGAAGUAGUUCAGAUCCAUUAUUGUUUAAUAAAAAUCAAGAAGAUCCGGUUAAUAAAAUAAGUGAACUUGAAAAUAAACUAUUAAGUUUAACAGCCGAAAAUAGCAGUCUUAAAUUGAGGUUACAAAAGCUUGAAAGUUGUGCUCAAAAUCCUCCUGAAAACAGUGGUGGUUUAAUGGAUAAUGAAGACUGGGCUGCUGUAAGUAAAGAUGAAGAUGAUGGUUGGGGUUGGGGAAGCAAGGAUGCCAUGUUAGAACAUGAACACAUUCAGAAGCAAAAACUUAACUCUGAUUUAGAAGGAAAGGUAGCUGAGCUUGAAAGAAAACUAUGUGAUUUGGAAGAAGAAAACAGUAGAAUUACUGAAGAGCUCAAAGCAUCACAAUCUAAAUGUUCUAAACUGUUGAAAAAAGUUAAAGAGUUCAAAAUUAAAAGUGAUAGUCUUGAAAGAAAUUCUCGUGAAAAAAGUGUUGGUUUUGAUGAUCUUGACAUCACAAUGCAAGAAGAAUUGAAAUCUCAAAUUGAAAAACUGGAGAAAAGCUUGAAAGAAUACAGUACAAACUUAAAUACAUUGCAACAAGAAAGAGAAGGGUUUUUAAAAAGAAUUGAUACAUUAACCUCAGGAAAUGAAAGACUAGUGGAAAUGAAAGAGAGACAAGAUAUUGAAGUUGAAAUGUGGCAAAGAAGAAGCAAUGAGCUUCAAAAUAAAGUUCAGGGAUUGGAGUGGACAAUAGCAGAGUUACAUGAUGAACAGACAGAAUUAAAAGAAUUUGAAGGAAACAGUGUGUUUUCAAAUGAAGAAAAGCAACAAUUUCUUUCUAAUGCUUUGGAAAUGGAGGAAAAACUUAACGCACUGGCAGCUGAGAAUGAUUAUUUACAGUCAUUGAUUGCCGAUUUGAAAGAUAGAGAGAAGGCUUCAUCUCAUACAAGUGUAACUCCUACAUUCAUUGAUAGUUUCAAUCAACAACACUCUACUGCAGAUAAUUAUUUACAACUAAAGCAAGAAAAUGAUAGAUUGAGGAUUCAAAUUUUGGCAUUGGAAGAAAAACUGAACAGUGACAGAAAAAAAAUUGAUGAUGAUCUGAUUGAACCCUCUCACCAAGUUGGUUUACUGAAAGAGAAUGACAUUCUUGAUACAACAAUUGGAAGUUUGAAUGUUCAGACAGGUCUAGAAAACAUUCAGUCCUUAAAUGAAAGAUGCAACCUGUUGAAAUCAGAAAAUGACUCUUUAAAUUCGAUCAUAUCUAGACUAAAUGACAACAUUGCUGAACUGCAGAUCAAAUAUGAUGCUGCUUUGUCUCAGAUUAAUGAUUAUGUAGUAGUCAUAGAGCGAUUGAAAAUGGAAGGUGAAAAUUCCAAACUAACUAAAAAUAAAGAAACAAUAGAGAAUGUUGUUCAAGUACAAAGUUCUGAUGAAAGUCCUUCGGUAUUUAGAGGAUUUACUUCCACUACAGACAGUGUUUUUGAAGAUAUAAGUAAUACAUUUACCAACCCCCUGUUUGGGCCGAAAGAAAGUGGAGAUGUCUCUGUUUUGGAUUGUAAUAAGCCUGUGUCUGAAUCAAGGAAAAAUCAGGUGGAUUUCUUUGACACAAUUAUUGUUAAACCGGAAUCAGUUACAUUAGAAGGUAGUCAGGCUCAAUCAUUAAGCAUGCCUGUACAUACCACUGAAAUAUUUGGAGAGGGUCAUGUACUAGAGUCAGAUGUAGGUAAAUACCUUACAGAAAUCAAGAGGUUUGAAAUGUUAUUAGGUGAAAAAGAAUGCGAGUUGAAUUCUCUAAAAGAUAGUUUAUUCAGAUUACAAGAUGAAAAUAAUAACCUAAGGCUGCAAAUUGAAAAGCAAACUGUUAAAAAACCUUUAACUUGGGGUCCUUCUAGUAUGUUUUCUACAGAAUAUGUUCCAGACAGCUUUCAGUGGGGUGUAGAAGUAGAUAUCAAUAGUACAAAACUGAAUGAAACAGAAGCUGCAGUGAAUAUAAAUGAUAACUUUGGUGACCAAUCUAAUGAUUUUUCUGGUACCAAUAAAAAUCAUGAUGUGCUAAGUUCUACAGCAGAUGAAAGUUUCCAUGGUCUUUUAUCACAAGGUGAGAGUGCGCAGGAAAGGCAAAUAAAUAGCUAUGUCGAACAAAUCACCCAACUUAUUAAAACUGUUGGUGACAAAGAAUGUGAAAUUGAAACCUUAAUUGAUAAAAAGAAGAAAUACAAGGAAAUGUAUUAUGCAUUAGCUAAGGAAUAUAAUGUACAGUCUUCAGAUCAUUCUAAUGCGGACAAACAACAACUUACAGAUCAAAAUACCUUGCUACACCAGUUAUUAGAAGAUAAAGAAACAGAACUGGAAAUCAUGAACCAACAGAUAGAUCAAACAAAAGUGGCUAGAGAAAAUUUGCAGGAUGAAUUAUCUCUAAAGCUAUGUGAAAUGGAAGCAGCCAAUAGUUCUUAUUCCAUCCCACAGUUGCGCAAACAGACAUUGCUACCUUUAACACAUGAACAGCCUGAAAAUAUUGAAGAGGUAAGAACUUUGUGCUCGGAAGUUUCAGAAUUGACUAAAUUAUUACAAGAAAAAGAAUCUGAAGUUGAGGUACUCAAGCAGCAACUUGAAGAGUUGACUCUUGAGAAAGAAAAUUUACUUGAUGAAUGGAAAAAGGAAAGUGAAAUAUACAAAGCUAACAACGAUACAUCUAAAAGUCAAGAGAUGGAGUUUGAACUGGAAAAUUUUAAAGAAAUGAUAGUAAAAGAUAUUGAAAAACAGGUCAAAGAUGAGUUAUCUUUGAAAAAUCAACAACUUAUGAAUGUUAUGAAUGAUUUACAUAAUACAAACAGUGUGUGUCAAGAUUUACAAUCAAAGCUAGAUGAUUUAGAAAAUCACUUAAAAACUUGCAACUCACAAAAUGACCAUCUCCAGAGAGAGUUGAAUGACCUAAGAGAUGUCCAAAAUUCCAUUCAAUUACUGACGCAGGACGUUGGUUGUGAAAUAGAAAUGAAUUUAGCGGAGAAGGUUAAAAAACUGAAAGACGAUUUGGUGGAUAUGAAAUUGAAGUUUGAAGAAGCUAAGUCCAAAAUUGAAGAGAAAGAUAAAGAGCUUUUUGAUUUAAAAGAAAAAGUAAAAGAAUUAGAAAACAGUUGUAGUUUCAAUGAGAAAGUGGUAAGUGAUCAACCUUUGACUCCAGUUCAGAUGAAAACUUUUGCCAGUGAACCGUUCAGAAUAUCAACCGAACAAAGCUCCAGUGAUGAUGAUAGCAGUUCAAAACACAUGGAGACUAUCCAAGGACAGAUGGUCUUAAUGAAGGAGAUACAAUCACUUAAGCAAGUGCUCUCCAUGAAAGAUUCAGAGAUCACACGAAUGUCAAUAGCACUCAAUGAAGCACAGGAGAAUUUGAUAAGGGGGGAAAUGAGGUUCUUAAACUCGGAGGAAGAGAAUCUGAGGAGCCGAUUGGAUGAGGCAUUGUACACACUUCACUUAAGGGAUGUACGGUGUGAUGAGUUGGCUCUGGAACUGAUGCAGCUACUGGAAGAAAGGGAUUCGUUACAAUUGAGACUUUCAACAGCUAUUCGAUUCAAUGAAGAGCUGAGGAAAAAGUCGAAAUUGCAUGAUGAGGCAGCUGUUCAAAUUGAAGGAGACACUGGCCCUCGUCUCACUGUCGAAGAUGAUGGUGGGAAGAACGAUCAACUAAAACAAAAAUUGGAUCAGUUGCACAAUGUAGGCUACCGCAGGGACCCAGGAAUGCAGCAGGAUCAGCAGAAGAGACAUCACGAGCAGAUGCAUCUCUUCACCCAACAAUCAACACAAGAUGAGUCUCAGCAUUCAUCAGGGUUUUUCAAUUGGAUUUUUGGUUCAAGUUCAUCUGGUUCACAAGAUGUCUAAAUGCACAUGCCUAGAAGCAUCAACACAUAAACGGUGAAUUUGCCGUCAGAUAUAUAGUUUUAUAGUUUUUGGAAUUAACGUUUUGUGUGAGAUUGUUGAUUUGUUUUAUUGUUAUUCUUCAGAAGGAAAUGUAGUUCACUGGUAACUUCCUAAUUUUAAAAUCUAAUGCACUCCACUGCAUGUAUAGCAGAGUGGGUUCCAUUGUCAGAGGUACAGUAUUUUGUUCUUAUACAUUCCUGCUGUGGAGGUGUGGUCAUUAGAAACUCUAAAAUAAUCUCACAAUAAUAUUAUGACUAUGAUAGUAGCAUAUCAGUGUAUUAGCCUAUACAUGAUAACAAAACCGGUGUCAACAACACACGAUUGUACAGUUUGUAAUAUUUAAUGUAAACACAACUUAUAGUGCAAUAAAAUAGGGUGCUUUCGGACUAAAUACACUUUUGUUGUUAUUGUUGUCUAAUUUAUUGGACGUGACUGUUCAGUCACGGUUUUAAAUCUAUGUCUCAAUUGGAUGUAGCAGGUUUUUACAAAGUACGUGAUGUUUGUAUUCGGCUUUAUAAUAGUUUUUUUUAUAAAGGACUGUUUGUUGUAAUUAUUUGGCUGAACCUCAGCCUCUCUCAACUUUGUCUUGUGCAGAAACUCAACGUAAAAUUUCUAGAAAAAGUAAAAAAUAUAUAUACAUAAUUUAAAAGUUUACCAAAAUAUAUAUAAAUAUAAAAUAUACAUUGUAUAGAUGUAGAAGUAUUAACUAUAUUGUAUGAAACUGUGUAUUUUUGAUCAAUAAAAUUGUUUAAAAUA